AUGAGUCGUAAGGUGACAGCUUAUGGUUUUCUGUAUGUUGCACCACCAAAUAUCGACUUCUCACAACCAUCCCAUUCAGCAAAGAGAUGGCAACGACGAUGUUUUACAUUAUAUGAAGAUGGUGAACUAAGUUAUGCAUUAGAUGAUGAUCCCGAAACAGUUCCACAAGUUAAAAUGGAUAUGAAUCGAUGUGUACGGGUUUGUGAAGCAGAUGUAAUAACGGGUCAUUCACAUAGUAUUCUUGUUGCAUUCCGGAAUGAUUCCUCAAAUUCCGGUAUUGCCGGUACUUGCGAGGAUGCGGAAAAGGAUACGGAUGCUGCUGCAACUAUCAAUCAGCAUGUGCCAA